AUGGUUGAAGAAAGAGAGCAUCUAAAUGGGAUUUUAUCGCUGCUUAUGUCGAGCUUAUUUCUAUGGCUUUUGGGUGGAGAAUUAUACAUAUUUAGCAGCCUUGCCUUCAUUGUGAGCAAUUUAUGA